AUGGGUUGCUUGCAGGCCUCUGGACAUCAAGUGGAAAAGACACCGCGACAAGACAUGCCUUCAGGUGGAGCAUCAUCUCCCCCCAAGUACGGUGGUCGCGAUGCCGAUCCGGACAAGCCCAUCGUGAUGGGGAAGUACAAGAUGAGCAUGAACAAAUCAGAUCUCCUGGGAGAGGGAUCCUCUUCCAUAUGCCGCAAGGGCAUCGACAUGGAGACGGGCCAGGAAGUGGCAAUCAAAGUCUACAAGCUUGCCACGAAAUCGGUGAACAGCUCCGAGGAAAUCCGCCUCCAGAAGUUCAAGCGCCAGAUCCAAGUGCUGAAGAUGCUCCAGGAAGCCUUCGUGGUGCCCAAGGAUCAGACACUCUGGCAUCCUGAUCUUGCGAAAGCGACACCGUCCAAGCUCUUCAUGAUGCUGUUGGACUACUCGAAGGACGACAAGGGCGAGCCCUCCCCAGAUCCCACAGACGGCGUGAUGUACGUCAUCACAGAGGUUGCGCAGUACAGCUUGAAG